GGGGGGGCUACAGGGGUGGCUUCUGUGAGAAGCUGCUAGAAGCUUCCCCUGUGUCUGACAGAGCCAAUGCCAGCCGGCUCUAAGACGGACCCGCCGCUGGCCAAGGCCAAGCCAAUCAGCGCCUCUGUGAUAUAACAUAUUUAAGAAGGAAAAAAAAAAACAGUUAAGGGGAGCCAGUAGAAAUUUCAGGUGAUGUAAGCAAGCUUUGGAGCGGAUUGUUCCCCGUGGUGAAUCGUGAAAUGAGCUGUUGUCAUGUCUGCCUGAUAUCAGUCAUCUCGGGUAGUUGGUUGUAUAAUCAGGGGAGCUCCAGGGAGCAGUUGUAAGCCAUUCAGUUGCAAAUGCACAGUCAGAAGUGCAUACACAUCUGUGCUCUAAAAAAAUAAUAGUUUGGCCCAGCUCAAGGUCCAUGUGGCACAGGGAUCUUAUGUUUAGGGAAAAAGCAGUGGCAGGUUGUAUAGAGGAGAGAAUGUUACAAGCAAAGCAUAGCAAUGUCCAUGGGACACAUUAAAAGUUCUUCUUAUCAGAGGCUGCAGCUGGACUCGACUUUCUUAAUGCCAUCAGCAAAUUAAACAGAGGAGCAAUUUGGGUUGAGGACGAGAGAAGCAAAUUAUUUCCCAGGCAGCUGUACUAGUCCCUGCACCAGGUAAAAAUGGCCACAGAAGAGAAGUGGAAAGGUUGGGCUUCGAAACAGCAUAGUGGGUCUGAACAGGCAAGUGAAAAGGAACCGUACGUGCUCCUGGGCCAGCGGCUGGGUGAACCGGGAAGAUUUGCUUAUGCGGCGCUUUGUGGGAUAUCCCUAGCAUGGCUGUUCCCUGAAAAAGAGCAAAGCUCCUUCAGGACGGAAUUCAUUGAGGGCUUUGUGAAAUGGCUGGACCUGCCCGAAGCUGUCUUACCUGCCAUGACAGCAUUUGCUAGUGGCUUAGGAGGUGAGGGCACAGAAACAUUUGCCCAGAUUUUGCUGGAGGAUCCCAUCUUGAAAGAAAAUCCAGUUGUCAUUACCAGAGACCUUCUGUCCUUCUCUCUUAGAGAUGGGUCGUACGAUGCUCGAGCCAGGGUGUUGAUCUGCCACGUCUCCUGGCUGCUGAGAAUCCCCUUGGAGGAACUGGAAGUCCUGGAGGAAUCUCUGCUUGAGAGCCUGAAGGAACAAAAGGAGGAAGAGUCAGAAACUGCAGAAGUAUCAAGAAAAAAGAAGGAAAGAAGAAAAAAGCUGAAGAGAUACCUGCUGAUCGGUUUGGCAACCGUUGGGGGCGGAACAGUGAUCGGCUUGACGGGGGGUCUUGCUGCCCCUCUGGUUGCUGCGGGAGCUGCUACUAUCAUUGGAAGUGCUGGAGCUGCUGCUUUAGGUUCGACUGCUGGAAUUGCUGUCAUGGCAUCCCUUUUUGGAGCAGCUGGAGCUGGCCUUACAGGAUACAAGAUGAAGAAGCGUGUGGGAGCCAUAGAAGAGUUUGAAUUCCUCCCGCUUACUGAAGGCAAGCAGCUUCAUAUCACCGUAGCAAUUACUGGAUGGCUGUGCGCUGGCAAAUAUGGGAGUUUCACAGCACCAUGGAGCAGCUUGUUGCAAUCGAGUGAGCAGUAUUGUCUGGCCUGGGAGUCCAAGUACUUGAUGGAACUUGGCACCGUCUUGGAUUCCCUGCUGAAUGGUUUUGUGAACAUGAUGGCUCAAGAAGCCUUAAAAUUCACCGUCUUGUCAGGUAUCAUGACGGCCUUGACUUGGCCAGCUUCACUCUUGACUGUUGCCAGUGUCAUUGACAACCCCUGGGGAGUGUGUCUCCAUCGGUCUGCUGAAGUAGGCAAACACCUAGCACAUAUCCUGCUCAGUCGACAGCAGGGCAAGCGACCUGUCACACUGAUCGGCUUCAGUCUGGGUGCAAGAGUCAUUUACUUCUGCCUGCAGGAAAUGGCUCAAGAAAAAGACUCUCAAGGGAUCAUUGAAGAUGUGGUCUUACUGGGAGCUCCAGUGGAAGGAGAAGCCAAGUACUGGAAAGCUAUCACAAAAGUGGUGUCGGGCAGGAUCAUAAAUGGUUAUUGCAGGGGAGACUGGCUGCUGCGCUUUGUGUACAGAACCUCUUCUGUCCAGAUCAACGUUGCGGGCCUCCAGCCAGUCGACUUGGAUGACCGGAGGAUGGUAAACAUGGACCUUUCAUCUGUAGUAAACGGCCACCUGGACUACAUGAAGCAAAUGGACACGAUACUAAAAGCCGUGGGCAUUAAAACCAAGGAGUGUCAGCUGGAAGAGAAGGGCAGCAGCGGUCUUUUCUCCCCUCUAGCCAAGAAAUCACAGCGGGCAGCAGGCAGCGAGACUCGGGAAGAGGAAAACGCCGUGCAAGAGGAGGAUGCGGCUGAUGGUGAGGCUCUCCCCGCUGGCCAUGCUUCCUCCAGCUGUAUCUUGGGAGAAACCUCACUCCCCUGCCCAGACUGCUCAAACAGCGGUGACGGCAAGGAACAGGCAGUGGGCGAAGGAGGAAAUUAGAGCGCUUCGUGUUAGGCAAAGAUGCUCAGCCAGCACUAAAACCGUUUUCAAAGCACCGUCCGUUGCACUGGGAUUCCCAAAGGAGUAUCGGGAGAGCCGGCAGAGCUGUAGCUGCAGUCUUCAGACCCUCCUGAGAGCCUGGAGCGCAGCACCGGCCUGUCACUAGAUCACAGCUUCCCAGGAAGCCACCCAUGGCAUCUCCCAUGGACCAGAAAGGGCUGAUUCCUGCCUGAAUCAGCAUUGCUCUUCAGGAAGCAGCAGCACUUCCCUCCUCACACAAACUGGGUUUAUUCUUGAGGGAAGCAGCUGUCACCAUUACCAUUAGGGACUGUGUCUCUGCUGUAUAACUCUCAGGAAAGCAGGUGGCUCCGUGGGUAUUUUUAAGCAUAUCAUGGAGAGAGGCUCAUCACUAGGAAAUUAAAAGCAGUUUUCCAACAGUGGUUGAUUUGGGGUUUGGUUUUGGCGUGAGCAGGUGCGUUGCAGGCUCUGGCUGCCCAGCUACGUACUCUCGGCAUCGACACUUCGGCUCAGCUAGUUGGGGAGGCAAAAGGCUCGGCUGACCUGGCUUCUUCCCCCAUCUGCUGCCAGUUUGCUGUGGGGCUUGGGCACUUUCCAAUCCACGAGACUGUUUCCCUAUCUGCAAGCUGAGGGCGAUGAGUGUUCGAGGCCUCAUGACUAUUAGAAACAUGCUCUGAGUCCCUAAGUGAAAGACAGCAGAAGAAACAGAGUGGGCUUUUCAUGAUUUAUUACUUUGUGAAACUUCCUCCCAGGCUUUGCAAGCCAGCAACCCACAGAGACUUUCGUUUCGUGUCCCACACACAUCUCCAGCCUUAAAAGCCCCCUCUAGACGUACUUUUAAUUGGCUUAGAAUAAAACCAAUACUUGGCAUAGGAUAAACAUGAAUCUGUUUGAUUUCUACCUCCUUCCAUAGAAGCGAAUUGGCAUCCACUCUCUUCUCACCCAGUCUCAAACUGGAGGGAGAGAUGCUGCUUUACAUCCCCCGCCACGCAGAAUCUUCCAAAAUGGCAUGGGACUGGUCCACAUCUUCCGUAAAAGGUCCUCUUCUGGCCUGUUUUGCUGCUAAGCCCAAGAAAAUGCAUCUAGUGGGAACAUGGCAGGAGGAUGAGCCCUCUUCUGAGAGCACCUUGGGUUUUUUCUGGUUUAAAACAAGUGCCAGAUGGUAUAAAUACCUUCCCACAUCAGAUCUGGAAGGUCUCCUUGGCUCACGAGAGGGGAAAUAGUGCGACUGCAGCUUCCAGUUCCCGUUCGCAGGGAGUCCUCCUCCUCUCUCCCCGUUCCAGCAGUUUAUUAACCACCUCUCCUUUCUUUCCCGAGCUUUCUGCAAACCUUACCUCCAGAUUAUUUCUCACAACGUUGAAAAUGCAGCUGUUUCCAGGGGUGCCAGUGUCACCUGGCACUGCACCGCAGCUUUGGGCACGCUGCCUGGCUUUUCCUUUCCCCAAUUCCCACCCUGAGGGGGGCUCAGACCUGCUCAGCUCCGAUUCUGGAGCGGUGCCUUGCUGCAGAGCGAUGGGAGAUGUUUCUGUGAGAGGCUUUGGGAUCCCACGGGGACGGAUGGGCCUGUUUUGCCGGUCGGCAUUGACGCUGUUGGCUGUGGGAAAGGGAUACGAUUUCCCCACCGCCUGAGAGGACUUCCACAAAAAAUUGCCUUGACGAGAGAGUAACAUAUUAUUGCUUUGAACAUUUGGCUUGAAGAAGCAGUCUCUGUCCAUCUCCUGAAGCCUCUGUCUUCCGACUUGGUUACCAAUGGACUUUCAGAGUUCAUCGAGCAUUUUUCUACUCCUUUUUAACUGGAAUUGCAGUCAAAGUACGUUUUUCUAUAACACCAUUUGUGGAAAGAUGUACAUCUUUGUGCUUGAUACCAGACCCGGGCUGUCUGUCCGCAGACAGGUGCCAAAAUGUAUUAAAUGGAUUGAUGCUUGAACCUGUGCUCGGUCUGUUUGUCACGGCCGUUUGUACCUGACCACUGGGCCAGCUGUCGGUUGCAGGGGAUUUGUAGGAAAUAAAUGUCAAAUCGCUCAUAAAA